ACUCGCAGGGUCACGUGAUAUCCUGCCUCCUCCCGCCCCGCGAACAAACCUGGGCGGGGAGGGAUUCGGGCAGGGGCGGGGAAGCGGAAGGAGCGGGCGGACUGGCGAUGAUGGGAAGUGACGAAGUGGCGCAGUUCGCUGCGUGCAGCGACGUGGCGGCGGGGCCGGCACCGGGCAGCGGAAGUGGCUCCGGCGGUGGGACUUGAGUGUUUGUGUUUUGGUUCGUGAAGGAGCCGGCGGCUGGCCUUGGGGGAGGAGGCAGAGGGAGGAGGAGGAGAAAGAAUUAGUCGGAACUCCAGCGCUGGCGGCGGCGGCGGCGGCGGCGGAGGAGGAGAAAGGAAAGAGGAAGGCGGAGCGGCGAGAGGCGGAGACGGAGCCCGACAGGGGCGGCACCACGGCACGAGCCCCGCACAGUCCAGUGUGAGGGGAGCGGCGCGAAGAGCAGGCGACGCCGCCGCCGCCACCACCACCGCCAUAGAUACACUCUCAUCCUACGGGCCACGCCUGGGCCUUGCUGCCAGGAAGCUUCGGCCCCGCAGCUCGGCUUGCUGCGGUCUCAGGUUUCUUUACCUCCAGAAAGAAGAAUAUUGGCCCCUUGAAUUCUGGAAGUUCAUUGAAGAGUCUGAAAUUAGGGACUUAUUUCAAAUUUGGACAUGGCUAGUCGAGGCGCAACAAGACCCAACGGGCCAAAUACUGGAAAUAAAAUAUGCCAGUUCAAACUAGUACUUCUGGGAGAGUCCGCUGUUGGCAAAUCAAGCCUAGUGCUUCGUUUUGUGAAAGGCCAAUUUCAUGAAUUUCAAGAGAGUACCAUUGGGGCUGCUUUUCUAACCCAAACUGUAUGUCUUGAUGACACUACAGUAAAGUUUGAAAUAUGGGAUACAGCUGGUCAAGAACGAUACCAUAGCCUAGCACCAAUGUACUACAGAGGAGCACAAGCAGCCAUAGUUGUAUAUGAUAUCACAAAUGAGGAGUCCUUUGCAAGAGCAAAAAAUUGGGUUAAAGAACUUCAGAGGCAAGCAAGUCCUAACAUUGUAAUAGCUUUAUCAGGAAACAAGGCCGACCUAGCAAAUAAAAGAGCAGUAGAUUUCCAGGAAGCACAGUCCUAUGCAGAUGACAAUAGUUUAUUAUUCAUGGAGACAUCCGCUAAAACAUCAAUGAAUGUAAAUGAAAUAUUCAUGGCAAUAGCUAAAAAAUUGCCAAAGAAUGAACCGCAAAAUCCAGGAGCAAAUUCUGCCAGAGGAAGAGGAGUAGACCUUACCGAACCCACACAACCAACCAGGAAUCAGUGUUGUAGUAACUAAACCUCUAGUUUGAACUAGCUGGAAUAGUCUUCUGCUUCCUAAAUGUUAAUAACAAUGGAAUUGGAGCAUUUAACCAGCCCAAUAUGACUUCCAAAAGAAGAGACUUAUGAUAGAGUCAAGUUUCUAAUACAGAAUUAUUUUAAGUGUUUUGAACUUAAUUUUUAAUAACAUGCAUGGGUCCCUCUCACUAAUGUUUCAACAAUAGGGAAAAAUGAGAACUAUGUGGACACUUGUUUCAUUGGAAGGUUAGGGGGAAUAAUUUCUCAUCACUAGGAAUAUAGACAAAUGACUGUCUGGACCCACACAGUUAACCAGCCCAUUUCUCCACACUGGUACAGUAGUCACCUGUGAAAAAAAAAAUUGGAACUUACUAAUUUGGGCUUUUCAAAAACAUUCUUUGUUUAGAAGGAGAUUCUAAAGUUAUUUAUGAUGCUUAGCCAUAGUAUUCAGGCAAAUGUUCAUUUCUCCUGGUACCUGUAUUUAAAAUGUACAUUCCACAUUUUAAUAAAUUAACCACAAGAAAAUAAUCCCACAUAUACAAGGUCAGGGGUGGGGAAGAGUAUUAAUGGUAUCUUAAUUAUACCCAGUCCGGUUUUCUUUUUUUUUUAAAUGGGGUAAAAAUCAAAUGCAACCCCAUCUUGUUUUAGGAAUUUUGAGAACUAAUAAAUGCACCUUAAUGGACAGUGUUCCUUUCAAACGUGAGUUCUUUAACAAAAAUGAAAUAAACCAGGUGUCUGUGAUUUCUAAUUAAUCACCACUGGCCAUUACACAGGUUUUGUUGUUUGGGGUGGGGAGGGGGCUUUUGUUCCCUUUUGACAUAAUAUAGUCAAUGCACUAACAAUUAUGUAUAUUCAAACUUGAUUAUUUUAAAUUCGAUCUUCAGCUGUACUGUAAAUAGGGUACUGCAUUGUAGUCUCCAUAUCUGUAUUACUUUUCUGUAAUAUUUAAGAGUUGCUUAAAAGUAUACAAAAUGUACUGUUACUAAAACAGCUAAUUAUUUCUCCCUCCCCCUUUGACAGGAAGGGGCUUCAGUUGUUCCUCCAUGGCUAGAACCAUAAUAAACAAUGUACCCGUAAUUUGUAACAUAAAGUAUUGCAAUAUGUUAGUAACAAUCUUGCAGCCUUCCUUUCCAAAGUUCAUUUUAUUUUGAUCAGUUCAGUAUAUUGCACUAAUUAUUUUAGGUAUUUUCAUUAUAUGAAAGCUACCAUGUGUCAGAGAUGAUUUAAUCUAUUUAAGUGUUGGACUGCUAGGAGAACUUGUACAUUUAUGAUAAUGCAGAAUUAGGAAAACGGUUCACCAGUGUUUAGUUUUAUAUUGAGGUGCUCAGGUUGGAAUAAAGUGGUAUAAAAAGCAA